CUUCCGCAUUAUCGCUCAUUUGCAGCCUCAGAAACAUGAUUGUUUGAAAAAAACAUACCAUAGGUUAGGUUCAGACUUUCAGUGCAGUUGUGAGUUUCUUUGUCCCUUUUAAAGCAAUUUACUAUGUAUCCAUGAGCUGCAGCUCAUAAAGCUACACGUCUAGUAAUUCUUUUUUUGUUUAUUUUUAUUACCAACUUCAUCUUUCUUUAACGUGUUUCUUGAUCACUUUAACGGCUUUUAUUGGCUGUUCCUGGAACCUGCAGGUGUGAUUGCCCCCAUCCAUCUAUCUAACUCUUUGUUAAAACUUGUCUGGUUUUGAAUUUCCCAACCAAUUCAUUACUCUAAAGAAACGGUAUGGAGAGGCCAAGAGCCCCUCCUUCUUCCUUGACCGAUUUGGAGCCGUUAAGUGAACGCAGAUCCCUCGAGGUCUUCAACCCCUCGAGUGGAUCUUCUUCUUCAUCAAAGCCUCACGAUGGCAACGGCAAAGGCAGCAAGUGGAUGGAGUUUCAAGACUCUGCAAAGAUAACUGAGAGAACCGCUGAGUGGGGAUUAUCAGCUGUUAAGCCGGAGUCAGGAGAAAAUGGCAUUACCUUCAAGCUGUCUACUGAAGCUGAACGAAGCAAGAUGUCUAGGAGGUCAUCCGAAGAAUCAACGUCCUCUGACUCUGGAGCCUUCCCUAGAGUAUCCCAGGAGCUCAAAACCGCUCUUUCCACCUUGCAGCAGACCUUUGUUGUCUCUGACGCCACGCAGCCGCACUGUCCCAUAGUGUACGCCAGCAGUGGAUUCUUCACUAUGACUGGUUACACUUCCAAGGAGAUUGUUGGAAGAAACUGCCGGUUUCUGCAAGGACCGGACACAGACCAGAAAGAGGUUGCCAAAAUCAGAGAUUGUGUCAAGAAUGGAAAGAGUUACUGUGGAAGGCUCUUAAACUACAAAAAGGACGGAACUCCCUUCUGGAAUCUUCUUACUAUCACUCCUAUCAAGGAUGACCAAGGCAACACCAUCAAGUUCAUAGGGAUGCAGGUUGAAGUAAGCAAAUACACAGAAGGCGUGAACGAUAAAGAAUUGAGGCCUAAUGGACUCUCUAAAUCCCUUAUCCGAUAUGAUGCUCGCCAGAAGGAGAAAGCUUUGGAUUCCAUGACAGAGGUCGUGCAAACAAUAAGGCAUCGCAAGUCUCAAGUGCGGGACUCCGUGAGCAAUGAUGUUUUGGUUAAGCCAGAUAGUGCUACUACUACACCUGGUAGACAAGCUAUACAAUCAGACGAGGCUUCAAUGUCAGCCAAAACACCUGGACGUGUUUCUACUCCAGCGAGGUCAAAGAGCAAAUCACUUAGCUCGAAUAAAAAGCAUGAAGAUGUUCCUAGUGUGGAGCCUGAAGAACUGAUGUUAAGCACAGAAGUUAUAGAGCCGAGAGACAGUUGGGACCGUUCAGAAAGAGAAAAGGAUAUACGCCAAGGGAUUGAUCUUGCCACCACUCUUGAGCGCAUAGAGAAGAAUUUCGUCAUCAGUGAUCCUCGUCUCCCUGAUAAUCCCAUUAUAUUUGCAUCAGACAGCUUUCUCGAACUGACAGAGUAUACACGUGAGGAGAUUUUGGGAAGGAACUGUCGGUUUCUUCAGGGGCCAGAGACAGAUCAGUCAACUGUCCAGAAGAUAAGAGACGCAAUUAGAGAUCAAAGGGAGAUAACUGUACAGUUGAUUAACUACACUAAGAGCGGAAAGAAGUUCUGGAACUUAUUCCACUUGCAACCUAUGCGUGAUCAGAAGGGAGAGCUUCAAUACUUCAUAGGUGUGCAGCUUGAUGGAAGUGAUCAUGUGGAACCUAUCCGAAACCGUUUGUCUGAGAGAACAGAGAUGCAGAGUUCUAAACUGGUGAAAGCUACAGCAACAAAUGUAGAUGAAGCUGUCAGAGAACUUCCAGAUGCUAAUAUGACGCCGGAAGACCUGUGGGCUGCACACUCAAAGCCUGUCUAUCCCCUGCCUCACAAAAAGGAGAGUGCUUCCUGGAAAGCAAUACAGAAGAUCCAAGCGGGUGGAGAAACAGUGGGACUACAUCAUUUCAAGCCAGUAAAACCUUUGGGGUCUGGUGAUACUGGCAGUGUCCAUUUGGUUGAACUUAAAGGCACAGGAGAGUUGUAUGCCAUGAAGGCAAUGGAGAAAACUAUGAUGUUGAAUCGUAACAAGGCUCACCGAGCACGCAUUGAAAGGGAAAUCAUUUCCCUUCUGGAUCAUCCUUUUCUUCCCACUCUCUACGCUUCCUUUCAGACAUCUACGCAUGUUUGUUUGAUUACAGACUUCUGCCCUGGUGGAGAGUUGUUUGCAUUGCUUGACAGACAACCCAUGAAGUUUUUGUCGGAGGAUUCAGCAAGGUUCUAUGCAGCAGAGGUCGUUAUUGGCUUAGAAUAUCUUCACUGCUUAGGAAUAGUGUACCGAGACCUGAAGCCGGAAAACAUACUGCUUAAGAAGGAUGGACACAUUGUAUUAGCAGACUUUGAUCUCUCAUUCAUGACGUCCUGCACACCCCAGCUUAUUGUUCCACCUGCACCUAAUAAACGAAGGAGAUCAUCGUCAUCCAAGAGCCGGGCAUUACCUACAUUUGUUGCAGAACCAAUCACCAAGUCAAACUCUUUCGUUGGGACUGAAGAAUACAUUGCUCCUGAGAUCAUCACGGGUGCUGGUCAUACGAGUGCUAUAGAUUGGUGGGCACUGGGUAUCUUGUUGUAUGAGAUGCUUUAUGGUCGUACACCUUUCAGGGGUAAGAAUAGGCAGAAGACAUUUGCCAACAUCUUGCACAAAGAUCUCACCUUCCCCAGCAGUAUCCCUGUAAGUCUUGUAGGUAGACAGUUGAUCAACAUGUUACUAAAUAGAGAUCCAAGAAAACGGUUAGGUACCAAAGGUGGGGCAAAUGAGAUAAAGCAGCAUGCUUUCUUCCGCGGGAUCAAUUGGCCUCUCAUACGGGACAUGGGUGGUUGCAGGUCCCUCCACCAUUGGAUGCACCAUUGCGUAUAAUAGAGAAAGAUCCAAAAGCCAAAGAUAGAAAGUGGGAAGAUGAUGGGGUGCUUGUUAAUUCUAUGGACAUUGACAUUGAUCUCUUUUAAACACCCACUCUUCCUUUCUUCUGCCUUUGAAUCUCAUUUUACUGCAAAACUCUUCCUUCUCAAUAAAACAAAGGCGUUGUAUUCUCUAGUUGCUUACAUGUAUAUAGUCCACUCAGACAUAAAUGACUCUUUCGUGUUCA